UGCAAAUCGUGCGCGUGUGUGGGGACAUUGCACCCCCCCACACACAACUUGCCCGCCCACCCCUCCUCUCCUUCCGGCCUUUCCUUUCGCAAAGUGGGCGGUCUCUGGGACGCGACUUUCGCUUUCGUUUCCCUUUCGUUGCUGUUGUGGAUGUUGCCCCGGCCACCCUCCUUCGAAGGUUUGGCAGCAUGUCUACCUGCCGUACCGUUUGCGUCCGAGGCUACCCUGCCGACUUACCGCCAGAUCGUGUGUCCGACAAGCUGAUGAUCCAUUUUCUGCGAGCGCGCAAUGGAGGUGGAGAAAUUUCCAGCAUUGAAUUUCCACCUGAAUCCCCAGGCUGUGCUAUGGUUACCUUUGAGGAUGCAACAGUGACUCAGCAGGUACUGAAGGCCAAAAAGCAUGUCUUGACCGUCAACGGGAACAACUACCCUUUGGAAGUGACACAGAGCGCCGCUGAAUUGAACCCCAAUGAGAUCUUUGUACGCGUCUGCAUGAAGGUGGAUUAUGGCCGCUUCCCUGAUGGAAAAGACAUCCUGGAUAGUCUGUGCCAGAGGUAUGAGGGCAUCCACAUCAACUUCAACACUCAGGAGAUGACCUGCACCAUCAAAGGCUCCUUUGUGGAGUUGCAGGCCUUCAGCUCUGAGCUGCUGAGGUGCCUCAAUAGCAAGCAAAGGGCUGGCGUUCUCGUUGCGAACGGAGGCAGACCUGCUGAGAAGGCUGCGGGAGAUGGCGUCUCGCACCAGGAGGAGACUCGGGCAGAGAAGAAGAGGAAAAAGAAGAGGGACGAGGAGGAGAAGGCUGCAGCAGGCCCAUUCCAAGUCCAGGAGUCUGCAGAGAGCCUCAUAGAGCCCCUGGAGGACUUCUCCUUAGCGAUAGACUCAGAUAUCUACCUCUACAUGCAGAAGUUCUGCAGUGAGGAAUUGGGCAACAUUUUCCACAAGCAGCAGGUGGGUGUUGUGGACGUCCACAGCGACGGCAUCACAACCCUCUACCUGCGAGCAUCAUCCAAUGGGGCUGGGGGGGUUAGCGCCCUAGUUUCGGCCCACCUGGCGCUCUCCCAGCUUUCUCAGCAACUGGAGGGCACCCUGCGGAAAGAGAAGGUCAACAAGCGAGAUUUGGGGAUCGACGGCGGCAGGAGUUUUCCAGCAGAGCUACAGAGCCUCUACCCUCUGCUGCUGAUUCAGGAGGAGGAGGAGGAUUUCUGCCUCAUUGGGAAUUUGGCGGAAGUUUCCCAAGCCAAGCGGCACAUCCAGGAACUGAUUGCCGCAAGGGGGGCAGCGCAGGAUCACCGGAGACCUGGCGUUCCCCAGGCAGCGUACCUCCAGGGUCCUAGCUCUCUGCCAGCUCAGCUAGAGUCACCGGCGGAGUCCGUGCCAAAGAAGCCGAGCUUGCCAAAGCCCAACAGCAAAGCCGAGCACAAGCUGGCUGCCAACUUUUCAAGUCGGGGUAGCCUACCGGCAUGGCUGCCAGCUGCCAGCUUGUUUCCAGCCACAGAACGCCCGGCUCCAGAGAGCGAGCGUUCCCUUCCGUUUUUGUCCGCUGCUACUGAACCAAAGAGCCAGAUCAGGCAAACUCUGGAAUUCCGGAAAGCACCGCAAGGGAUGAAAGCAGAUCAAUCGCCGUCCUCACCUGCAGGCACCGUGUCGAGUUCCGAGGGCUGGGCGAGCUUUGGUCUCACAGAGCCUCCAUCCCUCCCUGCGGUCACGAGCGCCUUCAGAUCCUUGAACCUGUUUGACACCACAGGGGCUGCCGACUUCAGAGUUUCUGAACCAAGGCCCCACCUCAGACGGUCCAGCAGCCUCUCGCUGCAGAAGUCUCUGAGCGGCAGUGAGUCCAUGCCUGAGCCCAGGCUAACAGCGCAGGUCAGUGCAACCCAUUUGAAGCAGGAGUCUCAGGAAUAUCCCCACCGUACGUUGCAGAAGGAGAUCAGAAAGGAAGGGGUGACACAGGUGGAGUACAGCCAGGAAAUGGAGUCUCCGCUUACCAAACAAAGGCACUCUUUGCACGCCGUCCAAAGCGAUAACAGGAGUCCUUCAGGCAUGCAAAAAGCAGAGGCCCUCGCAGAGUCUUGUGCUUACAUUUAUGACAGCUUCACCUACACUGAGCUGGCCAUGGAUGGACCAGAGGAUGAGGCCCUGAGUGAAUUGUGUAGGUACCUGAAAAAUUUCGACGACCGCAUUGUCGUCAGCCGGGACAGGUACAAGCUGGGCCUUAUGUACCCCCGCGAGGAGAAGUUGCAGGUCCUGGAAGUGUUCCGCUUGUUCUCUGCCCGCAGGAUGGCUGCCCUAUCCGAGCAGACUCCCUUCCGUGAUGGGAAAAUUCAGGGCGAGACAUCGGCUGCAGGGAGCGCUCAGCAGCCGAAUGAGAGCAGGAGAGCCAGCCUGCUAGAGAGCUCCCUUGGCCCGGACAGCCUUGCCGGAGACACAUCGCCCUCCCAGGCUCAGAGACAGGGCAGCGGUUUCCAGCCUGCGCCGGUGCAGAAUUUCCCAAGUGACCACAGAGCAUGGCAGAGUGAGGCCCUCGACCAAACCCCGGGUGCCAGCAAGCAGGGCCGCUCCAGGAGACUGUUGGCUGAGAGCAGGCAGGGCUUGCCAGACAAGUUCCAUUUUGCGAGAGACUGCAAUAAGGAGGGGAGCAGCCAGGAAACAGAGAGGACCCCGCUGAGCUCCUUGCCUGACCUGCCACAGCACGCUUCUCCCCCAGCUGGAGAGGGGCUUGCCUUAGAUUUGGGCCUGAGAACCACCAGCCUAGGAAGCGAGUCGGCGGCUGAAGAGUGUGUGCUGUGCCAAAACAGCCGCCCCACCCUGUCCCAUGCCCCCUGCCCCCACAAGCCUUGCAGGGUGCGAAUCCCAGGAGGCAGCGCUUCGCUAACUCACCCCGGCGCCUCCGCUGGCAUUCCCGGAACCUUUGGAGCUUCCACCAUAUCGCAGAGCCUCCCUGGGUAUAUCCGAGAUCCGACACUCAAAAUAACAUACAACGUUCCUGACGGUGUGCAACAAGCUGGAGACCCCUUCCCAGGACAUCUGUACCGAGGGGGCCACUUCGAGGCCUUUCUCCCAGACAACGCAGAGGGCCGGCGGUUGAUGGUGCUCCUGCACAAAGCAUUUGAGCGCGGUCUGACGUUUCGUAUCAGAACCUGCGGUUUGGAAGAGAGGGUGACUUGGGGACCCAUCCCCCACAAGACCUCCAUGGAGGGGGGCAAGGCCAGAAACGGCUACCCAGACAGCCAGUACCUCCAGCAGCUGAGUCUGAAGCUGAAAGAGCUGAACAUCGAAUGAAGGCCGACCCUCUUCCAAGCACCUUGGGAGCUCAGCAGCCUCCCGAUCUUCCAAAGCCCAUGCUUAGCAUCUUUAGGAAUUUGCCAAAAGACACACUCAAUCCUUAAUCAGGAUCUUUCCACUGUUAACGUCUCCCAGCACUUCUGCCUUUGGUCUUCUUGCUACAUUCAGAGCACCUGAAGGCCUUUCCAUGCAAAGGGAUCUUGACACGAGGACUUGCCGUUUUGUUGUUCUUCUGUUGUAAGAGAACGUCAGGAGUGCAUGCAGGAGCCGGGCCCUGUGACCAGUAGGGCUUCGCGGGACUGGGGCCUUCCUAAGUUUGUUCUGGAGAGGCAAGGCACGGCUGCACAGGUGAGGCCACUUGGUAACUCACUUCACCUGGUGGCUAGAGCCGGAAGGGAUAUAAGGUCAGCAUUUCCCUUCGGCUCUUUGCCACAGCAACACGUUUCCUGCCUUGCUGCGUUUGGCUUCGUGACUCCUUGCUUCUUGAUCCUCGGACCCCUGACUUCGGGACUCCUUGCUUCCUGAUCCUCAGACCCUUAACUUCGUGACUCCUUGCUCUCUGACCCUUGGACUCUUGGCUUCCUGACUCCUGGCUUCUGGACUCCUGUUCCUGCUCCCACCCCGCCAUCUUGCCCCCGGUCCCGACGUCCCCAGCCGGGCCUUCGAUCGCCCGUGAACCGGACUGUGACAGAGAAGCUCUUUGACAUGAGGACUGUUCACAUGCCUUCUGAAGGGGUACAAGUCACAUGAGAGGACUGCUGCACUUGCUUUGGUGGUGUACUCAACCAAGCAGUCAUAAGAUGCCAUGACAUUACUAAUAGGUCAUGCCACAGAGUCUGAGGGAGCUCCCUAUCCUGGCUCCUGCUGCAAAACACGCAAGCAGAGUCUCUUACUUGGAAGUAAGAAAUAGAUUUGUAUACGGGCCCAGCAGCCGUGGUUCAGGAGCAGGGCAAGUAGUUCAGAACUGGAUUUCAGUGGCAUAGAUGUCCCAACGAGUUUCCAGGCCCUGCCCUCCAAGCUUCUAGAGACUAGAGGCUGAUGUAAGUGCU